AUGGAUCAGUACUGGGAAAAGACAAAACGCUACUCGAAAGUGGGCUUCGACAGAGCAUGGGACGCUCUCGACAAGCUGGGCCCUCCGGUGAAUCGUCUCUCUAACCGACUAGGAGCCGAGGCUUUCUGGCCAAUGGCCAUUGACCAGGAGAGCGACAAAGCUGCGCGCAUCAUUCGCGGAUUCUGCACGGAUGGAGUCUACGCCGCCGAGUCCGAGGAUGACAUGAGCGAGAAUGGCAAGAUCAGUCGACCACGAAGCAAACAACGGGUUCUCAAACGGAUACCGCAGCAUGUGAUUCAACGUGCAAAAGGAUUGCUGAUCUUCACCACUAUGCGCACUGGCAUGUGGCUUAGUGGCUCCGGGGGCAGCGGAGUCUUGUUGGGACGCAUUCCCGGAACAGACGAGUGGAGUCCGCCGUCUGGUGUUCUCCUACAUACCGCUGGCAUUGGCUUCCUGGCUGGUAUAGACAUCUACGAUUGCAUUAUGGUGAUCAACACCUACGAGGCGCUGGAGGCAUUUACAAAAGUUCGUUGCACUAUCGGCGGAGAACUGAGCGUCGCCGCUGGCCCAGUCGGCGUAGGAGGAAUGAUUGAAAGCGAGGUUCAUAAGCGACAAGCACCCAUCUUGACAUACAUGAAGAGCCAAGGUCUCUAUGUCGGUGUCGCAUUCGAUGGUACGAUCGUUAUCGAGCGCUUUGACGAGAACGAGCGGUUCUACGGAGAACGCAUUUCAGUCCAAGAGAUCAUGGGAGGCAAGGUCAGCCGCCCGCCUAGAUCGGUUGCCAACUUGAUCCAAACAGUCUAUGCGGCCCAGGGAGACCUGCGAGAGAUCGUAAGUCUCAUUUUGCCCUGUAGCCAGUUUCUACGCUGGCAUUGCGAAGCAAGUUUGAUUUCAACGCCCAACCUGCUGACACCGACCAAACCUCAGGGCGAAGAAGUUACCAACUGA